AUGAGGGGCUCACCCUUUGCCACGGUUCUGUUCUACUCUCUUUCCCAAGAGUCCAGGUCUGAAACUAACCCCUUCCGAAGAAGAAUGAGAUGCCGACGUAUUUUCCGACGGAGAUUUCUCAACUCGACUGAGUACAUCAGUGACACAAUGCGUACUUCAUUUUAUCACCAGCAAGAUGGAGAGCUAGCAAUGAGUAAUGCUCUGUAUACUCGAAGAAGAUACACUCCAUAUGGCAUUCUGUCCCAUCAUCAAAGACUCAAUUUACAUAAAUGGGACCCAAUGAAUGUUAAUAUGGAGGAGGGCGCAAAACCUCCAGAGAGAAAAAUGGAGAGAGACAAACAAGAUGACACUUCAGAGAACUGGUUUAAGGUCACAAUUCCUUUUGGCAUAAAAUAUGAUAAGAAGUGGAUGCUGAAUUUGAUUCAGAGCCAGUGCAGCAUCCCUUUCACUCCAGUUCAGUUUCACUAUGAGAAAAUGCAGGCCACUUUUUUUGUUGAUGAUCCCAACAUUGCCUUUAUGCUGAAGGCUAUCAGUGACAAGAUUCGAGAUGAGACUGAUAAUAAGCCUCAGAGUCACAUAACUCCAUCUGUAAUUCUGCAGCUGACUAUGAACCAACAGUGUGAUACUUCUCAGCGCAUUCUUAAUAGGCAGAGUCUCCCCUUUGACCAAGAUUUGACGACCUAUCCUACUGACUUGGUACUGAGUCCUAGAAGGUAUAUGACUCCUUCCUUGAAUAUCUCUGAAGAGGACGUGACUCAGGCAAACUCUGAAGGAAAGAUGGCCAAGGAACAAGCCUCAGGCAUAGAAGAGAUAUGUGCAGUCAAAAGCUCUCUGAGUACUACCACGGAUAAGUCCAGUAACAUAAAUUCAAUUCUGGAAUUGUUUCCCAAGUUACUGAGCCUGGAUGGACAGGAGUCAUGUAAACCAGCUCUCUGUGGCCCUGAAGAUCAAAAGACCAUAUCAACGUUCAAGAGAAGUUUUUUUGAAUCUGAGUCCAUAAAGACACUGGUCCUACAGUUCCUGCAGCAAUAUUACUUCAUCUAUGACAAUGGAGAUCGGGAGGGACUCCUCAAUGCUUACCACGCUGAUGCUUGCUUCUCAUUGACCGUCCCUUUCAGUACCAUGGACUUAUCCGCGAGCAGCGUGUGUGAGUACGUCAAGUAUAGCAGAAGUAUGAAGGUUCUCAAGGAUCCUUGUAAGUGUAUAUCACGGAAGCAGCUGCUAAAGCACAAAAAAUGUGACAUUAUUCACUUCCUUCGUGCAUUGCCCAAAACUCAACAUGACUUGACCUCCUUCUCGGUGGACAUAUGUUUCCAAACAGAAAAAACGCUCUGCUUCUCUGUUAGUGGGUUGUUCAAGGAAGUGGAGGGCAGCUCUCAAGGGUGUUUUCAUGCCUUCACUCGGAUCUUCGUUGCUACCUGGAACAAUUCAAGUAACCUUUGUAUCAUCAAUGACAAGCUGUCUGUGAGGAAUGUCUAUGGGUUUCCCAGUGCCUCCAAUGCUAUGGACACAUACUCCUCCAGCCAUUUGCCUUCCCUCUCUCAAGAUCAACAGCAGAUGAUGCCAACAUUCUGUUCCCAGUCUGGCGUGAAUGUUGAGAGGUCUCAAAAAUGCCCUCAUGAUGACCAGUGGAAUUACAACAAAGCCAUACAAAGCUUUGCUUUGCUCAAGGUAAAGGACACGGUCCCAGAGGACAAGAUCACCCAUACAAGUCCAAGAUCCUAA